AUGACGGAUGCACUAUGUCGAAAUCUAAGAUUUGAUAUUUUCACCUAUGAGCCGACGUUUUAUGAGCUUUUCGAUGGUUUACAUAAAAAAAAAAAUAGCAGCGAUGCCAAGUUAUUGCUACAAAAGGCAAUGAAACAAAUUAUUGAUGAUAUCAAACAGAAAUAUAAUGACUUAAAAGCAAUAUGCAAGGGUUUCAACCUGGCCACAGAACUCUAUGCUAUGACUGAACAACUGAAAACUGAAUCAAUAAUAUUAAGAAAUAUUGAAGCUAAACAACAAGCAAACGAAGUUAUUCGAAGUUUAAGUGAAUUUUGUAAAUUGCUUGAAGAUGAUCAGAAAGCAAAUCAACCGCUUAUACAAAUGGAUAUCAUUAACACCGAGUCUACCGAUGACGCGAAAAAAGCUUUUGUAAACAAUGCAAAUCAAGCCCUUCUACAAGAAAAUUUAAAUAGUGCUAUCUUCGCUAUUGUCAAUAAGCAAAACGCAGGUGACAGAAAAAGAGUAAAGCUACAGCGCAAGAUUCCGUCCGAAAGUGAUAGCGGGAUAGUAAUUACGAAACUUCCCUUAAAUCCUAAAAAGAAAGUGGAGAAAAAGAAGAAGCCGCAGAUUGGGGAAUUGAGUGACAGCAGUGAGGCUAGUCAAGAAGAAAAUGAGGAGGAAGAAGAACGAGAUUCACGAAGACCACGAACAUCAAAACAACAGCCCAUAGUUUCAAAAAUGAGAUGUAAAGAUCAGCAGCAGUCAGGAUUUAUACGCGAUGAACUAACGCUCAGAUCGCAAGGCGAAACGUUGAAACGAAAACUUGUUUCUCGAUUAGCAUUACAUUUAUCAGCAAAUGCUAGAAUUUAUAAUAUUUACGGUACAAGUGAAUGUGCUACUGUUAUACCAAUUGGAUGUCCACUGCCAGGUUAUCAAUAUUAUAUUUUAAAUGAUGAAAUGCAAGCAGUUAAUGUCGAUGAAAUAGGAGAAGUUUUUAUCAGUGGUAAGUAAGAAAUUUUCUUCUCAUUAUGAAAGUAAUGUGCAUUUAUUAGCGUUGUAGAUACUAGGGCAAGCAGACAUUAACUUUGAUAGCUAGUAAGUUAGAAUAGAAACUCAGUCAGAGAGCAGUACAAAUAAGAGGUGGUGAGAUUCAAAGAGAAAAACAAAUCGUGUAAUAAAGCAUAAAAUUUAAAACCGUAGCGUGAGAGAUGCGCAGAAAAACUAUGGAGCAUCUUGGUAUUCUGACAUAAUUUGGAUGAACUGUGUUUCUUUGCAAAUUGUGUAGCGUAUUUUACAUUGCAUGCAUCUAAUGCAAUAUGAGAGUAAUUUCAUACGCUUUUUCAACUCUGUUGUCCUAUAGGUAUUUAAUUCAAACAUAAUUUAUCCAUUCUGUUCCAUUCUGCUCUGAUUAUUCUUGUUCAAAGCAUUUUGUCACAAUGUGUAAAAAUUCCACGAAUAAAAAUAGAUCUGAUUCGCAUGGAAUUUUUUGAACUUCUGGCUUUCGGCACACUUUAAAGGCAAAAACUGUGCAAUAUUGUCUGUAAUGACUUUGCAUUUUAAGAAACAGGGGAUAAUUCGAUUUACACUUAGAUUCAUUGCUAUUAUUAAUUUUGAUGUUUUGUUGAUGAUCGACUUGUCUACAAUGUUUAUUUGAAUCAAUUAAUAAUGAUAGAAAGUAAUUAUUAUCAAUUACUCUUUGAUUGAUUACUUCCCUAGAGAUCAAAUCUUAUAUAAGAUUCCUAUAGAAAUCUUAUAGAAGGCAGUCGAUGGAAAUGCCUAAGAUAUUGAUAAGAAUCUUAUAUAAGAAACUGAUAAGAUUUCUAUAAGAUUCUGAUAAGAUAAGGAUACAGUACAAUUUCAUCACAUUCUUUAGUGAUCAGCACUCUAUAUUCUACUCUUUCAUACGCGAAUAAAAUAAUUUUCUUUCCAUUUACUUAAUUUUUCUAUAAUAAAACCUUAGUCCCACAAGGGACAGUCUUAUGACUUGUCCUCGCUGUCUACUGCUUGUAGACUGAAUGAAUUUACCUCCACAAAUCUAUGUUAGGAAGUAGGUAACCUAAUCUCAUAUCAAUAGUUGCCAUGUUUCAAUAUACAUAUUCUUAUCGUCACUCGAUGGCUAUUUUCCCUUUCUGUUCUUCAGAUAUAUGUAUUCACUCUUCUGCUUU